CCCAGCCCCCUGUAUAAUUGGAGGAGGUAAAAGAGGAAAACAUAAUAACAGCUUUGGAUCAAGUGAGUAAUUAAGUGACACACACAAUGGGAAGGUCUCCAUGCUGUGAUGAAAAUGGCCUUAAGAAAGGACCAUGGACUCCUGAAGAAGAUCAAAAGCUAGUAGAACACAUUCAGAAACAUGGCCAUGGAAGUUGGAGAGCUCUCCCUAAGCUAGCAGGUCUUAACAGAUGUGGAAAAAGUUGUAGGCUAAGGUGGACCAAUUACUUAAGGCCUGACAUCAAGAGGGGGAAAUUUUCUCCAGAAGAGGAGCAAACAAUUCUGCAUCUCCAUUCCAUCCUUGGAAACAAAUGGUCAGCAAUUGCAACACACCUUCCGGGAAGAACUGACAAUGAGAUCAAGAAUUUUUGGAACACUCAUUUAAAGAAAAAGCUGAUUCAGAUGGGUUUUGAUCCAAUGACUCACCAGCCAAGAACUGACCUUGUUUCCACCUUGCCAUAUCUGCUAGCUCUGGCCAACAUGACACAACUCAUGGAUCAUAAUCAUCAGUCAUUUGAUGAACAGGCAGUUCAGCUGGCAAAGCUUCAAUACCUUAAUUACUUACUCCAAUCCUCAAACAAUCCCUUAUGCAUGACCAACUCCUAUGAUCAAAAUGCCCUCACAAACAUGGAAGCUUUCAGUUUGUUAAACUCAAUCUCUAAUGUAAAAGAGAACCUUGGUGUGGACUUCUCACAAAUGGAUACCCAAACCUCAUUAUUUUCACAUGAUGGGAAUAAUAUGGCUAGCUCCCAACCACUCCACCACCCAAGCAACAUGCUACCUCACUUUCUAGACCCACAAGUCUCUUUCAGUUCUCAAUCAUGUUUGAAUAAUAAUGAGCAGGGUCAAGGUACUAAUAACUUUGCAAUAAGUCAAAGGGAUCACACUGGUGAUGAAUCUUCCUGGAUAAAUAUUCCAUCUAUUAAUCCUCCAAAUGCAAUAGGGACCUCAGGAGAUGCCAGUAGCAGCACUUCUAGCUAUGGAGGAGCAGGACCCUCACCUUACAAUUGGUCUGAAUUGUUUUUUGAGGACCCCACUACUAUGCAUGAGCUAUCUUAGUAUUUAAUUUGAAAGAGGUUGAAUAUGGUGUGUAUUUAUAUGCCUUCAUCAGAUUAUUGUAUGCUUCUUUCCAAUUAAUAUACAAAUAUAUAGGCUCUACUAUAGAUAUGUCAUGUAUGUCCAUUUACACAUACGUAUAUGUUGAUAUAUGUUUUGUACACACAACUUCUGGACAGUGUCAUUGAAUGAGAAGUUUUUUCUUUAA